CUGAACCUGGGCCUGAAACAAUGUCCUCCACCAAAAGAAACAUGAAGGACACUUGAUCACACAAGCCUUGGAAUUAUUUCCAGGAAACACUUGUAGAGACCAUUCGGAGCAACCUUUCCCUGGCAGUGCACACGGGGACGGCCAGGAGAUGAGCGCAUCUUUGAAUUAUAAGUCUUUUUCCAAAGAGCAGCAGACCAUGGACAACUUAGAGAAGCAACUCAUCUGUCCCAUCUGCUUAGAGAUGUUCACAAAGCCUGUGGUCAUCCUCCCCUGCCAGCACAACCUAUGUAGGAAAUGCGCCAGUGAUAUCUUCCAGGCCUCUAACCCGUACCUGCCCACAAGAGGAGGCACUACUGUGGCAUCAGGGGGCCGAUUCCGCUGCCCAUCCUGUAGGCACGAAGUGGUUUUGGACAGACAUGGGAUAUAUGGACUUCAGAGGAACCUGCUGGUGGAAAAUAUCAUUGACAUCUACAAGCAGGAGUCCACCAGACCAGAAAAGAAGGCUGACCAGCCCAGGUGCGAGGAGCAUGAAGAGGAGCGCAUAAACAUCUACUGUCUGAACUGCGAGGUGCCCACCUGCUCUCUGUGCAAGAUCUUUGGGGCACACAAGGACUGCCAGGUGGCACCCCUCACUCACGUGUUCCAAAGGCAGAAGUCUGAGCUCAGUGAUGGCAUUGCUGUCCUUGUGGGAAACAAUGAUCGAGUCCAGGGAGUGAUCAGCCAGCUGGAGGACACCUGUAAAACUAUUGAGGAAUGCUGCAAAAAACAGAAACAGGAACUUUGUGAGAAGUUUGAUUACUUGUAUGGCAUCCUGGAGGAGAGGAAGAAUGAGAUGACCCAAGUCAUUACUCGAACCCAAGGAGAGAAACUGGAACAUGUCCGUGCCCUGAUCAAAAAGUAUUCUGAUCACUUGGAGAAUGUAUCAAAGUUGGUUGAGUCGGGAAUCCAGUUCAUGGAUGAGCCAGAAAUGGCAGUAUUUCUGCAGAAUGCCAAAACCCUUUUACAAAAAAUUUCUGAAGCAUCGAAGGCAUUUCAGAUGGAGAAAAUAGAGCAUGGUUAUGAGAACAUGAACCACUUCACAGUCAACCUUAAUAGAGAAGAAAAAAUCAUACGUGAAAUUGAUUUUUACAGAGAAGAGGAAGAGGAAGAAGAAGAAGGAGAAGAAGGAGAGGGAGAAGAAGGAGGCGGAGGAGAAGGAGAGGGACAGGGAGAAGGAGAGGGACAGGGAGAAGGAGAAGGAGUAAAAUUGGAAGAGGUAGAAAAUGUUCAAACAGAGCCAUCAGGAGAAGAUGAAAGUCCGGAGAAAGCCUUGGAACCCUCUCAGCUGGCCUCAGAGCUCCAGGCUGCCCCAGCCACUCUUCCUAUUUCCUCUCCAGAGCCACCUCCAGCCCUGCCACCUGCUGCUGAUGCCCCGGUGACACAGGGGGAGGUUAUAUCCACUGGCUCUCAGCAGACCACGGAGUCUGAAACUCCAGUCUCUGCAUCAACGGACACUGCGGAUCCCUUGUUUUACCCUAGUUGGUAUAAAGGCCAAACCCGGAAAGCUACCACCAACCCACCUUCCACCCCAGUGAGCGAAGGUCUGGGGCACAUAGGGCCUCCAGGUUCUGAGGAUUCGAAUGUGCAGAAGGCAGAAGUGGCAGAAGCCGCAGCCAGUGAGAGGGCAGCAGUGAGUGGUAAGGCAACUAGUUCACCUGCAGCUACUUCUCAGGAGUUAGCAAUCUGCCUAGCACUUUUGGCUUUUCUUAUACUUCACUACAUCUGGAGUCAAAUUCAGUGCUUGAUUUUUACUUUAAUGGAUUGGAUUUGAGGACCCUCCCCUCCAGGCACAGGCUGCAGUUUCAGGGAGUGGGAAUGGAGCUGAUUCUGAGCCAGCUCGCCAUGUCUUCUCCUUUUCCUGGUUGAAUUCCCUGAAAGAAUGAUGUUCAUUCCAACUGCUGCCCCUCUGUCUGCCUGGCUGAGAUGCACACAGGCAGGAGGGAAACUGGAUGAAAUUAAUAUGAUGCAGAUGAUGAAAGGGACCUCUGAACAAGAUUUCUUUUAAAAAGAUCUUUAAUUCCAGAUGACUUCUCUAAUACACUAACCGAAAACAGUUGCAGAAAGCAUUGGAAAAAAGAAACUUGAUCUUAUAUAAAUCUUUUAUUGUGUGGGAAAUAUUACAAAGGAUGUGUAAGUGUGGUAUGUGUGAGUGUGUGUCAGUAACAAGUGGCAAGUGUUGAAAAAAGGGCACUACACUCUCAUCUCAGAUAGGUAC